CACACAGACUGCAAACACAGCGCUCUGGAAAGCUCCGAAUUGUGCUUCCUGCUCGGAGCUGUCUGGGAAGGUUAAGCUCCUAACGCAGGACUGCCCCAACAUCAAAGUCAACGUUCCCGGUCAAUGCCUGCUGCACUCCCGGUGUGAAAGAGACAGUCAUGUUGACCUGGUGCGUAAUCCCCUCCGGUGUUUGACAGUGACCGCGGGAAAGACAGUGCCAACCAUCCCGGGCCAUGGAGGCUCCAGUUCUCCCAUCUGCCAAUGCCUCCAUCUCUGGCAAUGCCACGGGCUGGGAGCACUUUCUGGAUUUUGGCAAUCCGUGCCCAGCAUCAGCGGCCCUCACCGCCUUCCUGCUGGCCUCUUACAGUGCCGUGCUGCUGGUGGGUUUACUGGGAAACAUCUCCCUGAUCUGUGUGAUCGCCAGGCAGGAGAGGAACAACGUGACCAACUUGCUGAUCGCCAACCUGUCGCUGUCCGAUCUGACCAUCUGUAUCUUCUGCCUGCCUUUCACAGUGGCCUAUACCCUGAUGGACUAUUGGGCUUUCGGGGAAGUGCUGUGUAAGACGGUGCCGUUUUUCCAGUGCCUGUCGGUGACAGUGUCUGUACUUUCCCUGGUCAUGAUUGCCCUGGAAAGGCACCAACUCAUUCUGCACCCCACCGGCUGGAAACCCAGUGUCCCUCAAGCUUACCUGGCGCUGCUGCUCACCUGGAGCCUGGGCUGUGCCGUCUCCCUGCCCUUUGUGUUCUUUCAUGUGCUCACGGAUGAACCUUUCUUGGACCUUCCUGUUCCCCUGGCGUCCCUGGUGAAGGAGGCAGUCUGUACAGAGUCCUGGCCAUCCAGGAAGCAGAAGCUGGUUUACACCACCUGGCUGCUCGCCUUCCAGUACUGUGUGCCUCUGGCUUUCAUUACAGUCUGUUACGGCAGGAUAUACUGGAGGCUUAGGACAAGGAGGGACUUGCUGGACAGAGCAGGCGAGGAGAACCGCAAACUGGCGAACAGCCGGCGGAUCACGCUGCUGCUGGGCUUCUUGGUGGUGGGCUUUGGGAUCUGCUGGUUCCCGCUGCAUGUUUUCAACGCGGUCAUGGACUGGGAUGUGCAAAUAGUAAUGCACUGUCAGCACAAUCUCAUCUUCUCCCUGUGUCACCUGGCGGGUAUGGUUUCCACCUGCAUCAACCCCAUCAUCUACGGCUUCCUGAACAAUAACUUCAAGGGGGAGCUCCGGAGCAUUAUCCUGAGGUGCAGAUGGAGCAGCAAAGAAGAUGGCGAGCACUUCCCCCUGUCCACCAUGAACACUGAACUCUCCAAGGCCUCUCUCAGACUGAGUUGCAGGAGCAAAUGAUGGACACACUGGUCCAACAGAAAGCGCUCAAACUGAAAGAAGGCUUGGGAAGGUGACACAUAAUCACUGCUUUGGUUUGUUCUGUGUUAGAUCUCACCUCUUUAAUUAUGUCUGAAAUAUCAAAACGUGGUCUGUGUAAUGAAGCGUCUCUGAUAGCAAUUGUAUUUCAACCGGAAUUGGACAGGGCUCCCUAAUUUUCGGGUUCAAACCUUCCAACCAGCAGCAAAUAAACCCAUUGCAAAACUGAGUUCGUUUAACUUUGAGAAUCCUUUAGUGUAACAUUCCCAUUUAUUGGAACGUGGUUCCAUGUAUCAGCAAUGAGAUUCUCACUUGGCUCCGCUGCUUUCCGCAUUAACACCUUCCUUUCUGUACAGCCGAGGCACAUUGGAAAUAUGCAGCACCAGUCUGAUCGCAAGAAUAUCCGAAAUA